ACACGUGCCCUACCCUAACCUGUAUCCAGACCAGUCCCCUAGCGAGGAGUGGACCAUGGAAGAGCGCUUCCGACCUCUGACUUUCCACGGCAUCAUCCUGCGGUCCCAGCUGGUCAACCUGCUCAUCCGUGGCGUCUGCUACGCAGAGAACCAGUUGGUUAGUGUCCCAACCCAACCCACUCCUCAAAAGAGUCAUAUUCGUUAGUGAUGGGUGAAAACAUUUAUACAAUAGAUUAUUACGAGAUUAUCUUAAUCUUAUCUUGAUUUUAAUCUUUUUAUAUGGUGAGCCAACAUGUUUUCAGCACUUUUAUUUCAAUGACUGCUCAAAACUUGUUUUCUCAUGGCUCUCUUGUUCCUCUUGAACAUCGAAUCAUAAUAAAAUCAGAGUAUCGAUUCGCAAUAUAUAAAAUAGUGUUACAUAUAGUAUCGGCACCUAAGUAUCGUGAUAAAUCAUAUUGGGAGGUCCCUGGCAAUUCCCAGCCCUAGUAUUCAUUAGGCACCAAAUGGAAGAAACUUGUUUUUGUUCUCCGUUGCAAAGCGUUUUGCUACGUUUUGCUACUGUGUGCUAUGCACUAAUGAAUAUGACCCAGGAGUUAGUCAGUGUGUCUAGGGGAGAGAGGAAGUGUGGGAGUGUCUGUGUGUGUCUGUAUUUGUGCAUUUUUCUCUUUGACUGUAUGUCUGUGCAUCCACAUAGAGUGCCACGCAGCCCAGACUGUCAUACGCUGAGAUGACGGAGGACUACCCCCGUUUCCCAGACAUCCACGACUUGGACCUGGCCCUCCUCAACCCCCGCAUGAUAGUGGUACGACCCAGUCCAUCACACAUCUAUAGCUACUACUGCACCCACACCCCCACAUGAUAGUGGUGCAACCCCGUCCAUCACACAGGAGCUGUAUUGUUAGACUUCAGUGGAGUUUCUGAUAUUAUCAAUCAUAAUCUGUUGCUGAAAAACCAUGUGUUAUCUGCCAUAUCGUGGAUUGAGAGCUACCUAUCUAAUAGAACACAGAGGGUUUUCUUUAAUGGAAGCCUCUCUAACGUAAACCAGGUAGAGUGUGGUGUUCCUCAAGGCAGCUGUCUUAGCCCUCUACUGUUCUCCUUUUUUACUAAUGACCUACUACUAGCAUUGAAUAAAGCCUAUGUGUCUAUGUACUCCGAUGACUCAACAUUAUACACGUCAGCUACCACGGCAAGUAAAUCACUGCAACCCUUAACAAAGAGCUGCAGUCAUUUUUAGAAUGGGUGGCUAGUAAUAAGCUAGUCCUAAAUAUAUCGAAAACUAACAGCAUUGUAUUUGGGACAAAUCAUUUGUUAAACCCUGAACCUCAUCUAAAUCUAGUAGUGAAUAAUGUGGCGAUUGAGAAAAUUGAGGAGACUAAACUGCUUGGUGUAACCCUAAAUUGUAAACGGACAUAUUGAUUCAACGGUUGCUAAAAUGGGGAGAGGUCUGUCUGUGAUAAAGCGCUGCUUUCUUAACAUCACAAUCAACCAAACAAGUCCUACAGGCCCUAGUUUUAUCAUACCUGGACUACUGCCCAGUUAUAUGGUCAAGGCAAAGAGUGACAUAGGCUAAUUACAGUUGGCCCAGAAGAUAGCAGCACAUCUGGCCCUUAAAUGUACACAUAAGGCUAAUAUCAACAACAUGCAUAUUUACAUUUACAUUUACGUCAUUUAGCAGACGCUCUUAUCCAGAGCGACUUACAAAUUGGUGCAUUCACCUUAUAGCCAGUGGGAUAACCACUUUACAAUAUGUUUUUUUUUUUUGGGGGGGGGUAGACGGAUUACUUUAUCCUAUCCCAGGUAUUCCUUAAAGAGGUGGAAUUUCAAGUGUCUCCAGAAGGUGGUGAGUGACUCCGCCGUCCUGGCGUCGUGAGGGAGCUUGUUCCACCAUUGGGGUGCCAGAGCAGCGAACCGUUUUGACUGGGCUGAGCAGGAACUGUGCUUCCGCAGAGGUAGGGGGGCCAGCAGGCCAGAGGUGGAUGAACACAAUGCCCUCGUUUGGGUGUAGGGACUGAUCAGAGCCUGAAGGUACGGAGGUGCCGUUCCCCUUACAGCUCCGUAGGCAAGCACCAUGGUCUUGUAGCAGAUGCGAGCUUCAACUGGAAGCCAGUGGAGUGUGCGGAGGAGCGGGGUGACGUGAGAGAACUUGGGAAGGUUGAACACCAGACGGGGUGCGGCAUUCUGGUUGUAGGGGUUUAAUGGCACAGGCAGGGAGCCCAGCCAACGGCGAGUUGCAGUAAUCCAGACGGGAGAUGACAAGUGCCUGGAUUAGGACCUGUGCCGCUUCCUGUGUAAGGCAGGGUCGUACUCUCCGAAUGUUGUAGAGCAGGAACCUACAGGAUCGGGUCACCGCCUUGAUGUUAGCGGAGAACGACAGGGUGUUGUCCAGGUUCACGCCAAGGCUUUUCGCACUCUGGGAGGAGGACACAACGGAGUUGUCAAUCGUGAUGGCGAGAUCAUGGAACGGGCAGUCCUUCCCUGGGAGGAAGAGCAGCUCUGUCUUGCCGAGGUUCAGCUUGAGGUGGUGAUCCGUCAUCCAAACUGAUAUGUCUGCCAGACAUGUAGAGAUGCGAUUCGCCACCUGGUUAUCAGAAGGGGGAAAGGAGAAGAUUAGUUGUGUGUCGUCUGCGUAGCAAUGAUAGGAGAGGCCAUGUGAGGAUAUGACAGAGCCAAGUGACUUGGUGUAUAGCGAGAAUAGGAGAGGGCCUAGAACUGAGCCCUGGGGGACACCAGUGGUGAGAGCAUGUGGUGCGGAGACAGAUUCUCGCCACGCCACUUGGUAGGAGCGACCUGUCAGGUAGGACGCAAUCCGAGAGUGAGCCGCGCCGGAGAUGCCCAACUCGGAGAGGGUGGAGAGGAGGAUCUGAAGGUUCACAGUAUCAAAGGCAGCAGACAGGUCUAGAAGGACAAGAGCAGAGGAGAGAGAGUUAGCUUUAGCAGUGCGGAGAGCCUCCGUGACACAGAGAAGAGCAGUCUCAGUUGAAUGACCAGUCUUGAAACCUGACUGGUUUGGAUCAAGAAGGUCAUUCUGAGAGAGAUAGCAAGAGAGUUGGCUAAAGAUGGCACGCUCAAGAGUUUUGGAGAGAAAAUAAAGAAGGGAUACUGGUCUGCAGUUGUUGACAUCGGAGGGAUCGAGUGUAGGUUUUUUGAGAAGGGGUGCAACUCUCGCUCUCUUAAAGACGGAAGGGACAUAGCCAGCGGUCAAGGAUGAGUUGAUGAGCGAGGUGAGGUAAGGGAGAAGGUCUCCGGAAAUGGUCUGGAGAAGAGAGGAGGGGAUAGGGUCAAGCGGGCAGGUUGUUGGGCGGCCGGCCGUCACAAGUCGCAAGAUUUCAUCUGGAGAGAGAGGGGAGAAAGAAGUCAAAGCAUAGGGUAGGGCAGUGUGAGCAGGAUCAGCAGUGUCAUUUGACUUAACAAACGAGGAUCGGAUAUCGUCUUUUCAAAAUGGUUGACGAAGUCAUCCACAGAGAGCAGGGAGGAGAAGUUGGCAAAGAGCUUCCUAGGGUUAGAGGCAGAUGCUUGGAAUUUUGAGUGGUAGAAAGUGGCAUUAGCAGCAGAAACAGAGGAAGAAAAUGUAGAGAGGAGGGAGUGAAAAGAUGCCUUGUCCGCAGGGAGUCUAGUUUUCCUCCAUUUCCGCUCGGCUGCCCGGAGCCCUGUUCUGUGAGCUCACAAUGAGUCGUCAAGCCACGGAGCAGGAGGGGAGGACUGAGCCGGCCGGGAGGAUAGGGGACAUAGAGAGUCAAAGGAUGCAGAAAGGGAGGAGAGGAGGGUUGAGGAGGCAGAAUCAGGAGAUUGGAGGGAGAAGGAUUGAGCAGAGGGAAGAGAUGAUAGGAUGGAAGAGGAGAGAGUAGCGGGAGAGAGAGAGCGAAGGUUGCGACGGCGCAUUACCAUCUGAGUAGGGGCAGAGUGAGUAGUGUUGGAGGAGAGUGAGAGAGAAAAUGAUACAAAGUAGUGGUCGGAGACAUGGAGGGGAGUUGCAGUGAGAUUAGUAGAAGAACAGCAUCUAGUAAAGAUGAGGUCAAGCGUAUUGCCUGCCUUGUGAGUAGGGGGGGACGGUGAGAGGGUGAGGUCAAAAGAGGAGAGGAGUGGAAAGAAGGAGGCAGAGAGAAAUGCGUCAAAGGUAGACAUAGGGAGGUUAAAGUCACCCAGAACUGUGAGGGGUGAGCCAUCCUCAGGAAAGGAACUUGUCAAGCUCAUUGAUGAACUCUCCAAGGGAACCUGGAGGGCGAUAAAUGAUAAGGAUGUUAAGCUUGAAUGGGCUAGUGACUGUGACAGCAUGGAAUUCAAAUGAGGAGAUAGACAGAUGGGUCAGGGGAAAAAGAGAGAAUGUCCACUUGGGAGAGAUGAGGAUUCCUGUGCCACCACCCCGCUGACCAGAUGCUCUCGGGGUAUGCGAGAACACAUUGUCAGACGAGGAGAGAGCAGUAGGAGUAGCAGUGUUUUCAGUGGUAAUCCAUGUAUCCGUCAGCGCCAAGAAGUCGAGGGACUGGAGGGUAGCUUAGGCUGAGAUAAACUCUGCCUUGUUGGCCGCAGAACGGCAGUUCCAGAGGCUGCCGGAUACCUGGAACUCCAAGUGGGUCGUGUGCGCAGGGACCACCAGGUUAGAGUGGCAGCAGCCACGCGGUGUGAGGCGUUUGUAUGGCCUGUGCAGAGAGGAGAGAACAGGGAUAGACAGACGCAUAGUUGACAGGCUACAGAAAAUGGCUACAAUAAUGCAAAGGAGAUCGGAAUAAAAUGAACUAAACAUCUGGGAAAGCGAGAGAGCGGGGCCUCCCUCACUUACGUUUCACUGAAACACCCAAAUAUACAGUGGGGGAAAAAAGUAUUUAGUCAGCCACCAAUUGUGCAAGUUCUCCUACUUAAAAAGAUGAGAGAGGCCUGUAAUUUUCAUCAUAGGUACACGUCAACUAUGACAGACCAAAUGAGAAUUUUUUUUCUCCAGAAAAUCACAUUGUAGGAUUUAUAAUGAAUUUAUUUGCAAAUUAUGGUGGAAAAUAAGUAUUUGGUCAAUAACAACGUUUCUCAAUACUUUGUUAUAUACCCUUUGUUGGCAAUGACACAGGUCAAACGUUUUCUGUCCUGGAGUGGCCUAGCCAGUCUCCAGAUCUCAACCCCAUAGAAAAUCUUUGGAGGGAGUUGAAAGUCCGUGUUGCCCAGCGACAGCCCCAAAACAUCACUGCUCUAGAGGAGAUCUGCAUGGAGGAAUGGGCCAAAAUACCAGCAACAGUGUGUGAAAACCUUGUGAAGACUUACAGAAAACGUUUGACCUGUGUCAUUGCCAACAAAGGGUAUAUAACAAAGUAUUGAGAAACUUUUGUUAUUGACCAAAUACUUAUUUUCCACCAUAAUUUGCAAAUAAAUUCAUUAAAAAUCCUACAAUGUGAUUUUCUGGAUUUUUUUUUCUCAUUUUGUCUGUCAUAGUUGACGUGUACCUAUGAUGAAAAUUACAGGCCUCUCUCAUCUUUUUAAGUGGGAGAACUUGCACAAUUGGUGGCUGACUAAAUACUUUUUUUCCCCACUGUAACUCUCCCAACUUCCACCUCAGAAACUAUAAUUGUUGUAAACUACAGCGGUUAAAUGUUUUCUAGGAAUAGACUAACUUAGUUUAUUCAGCUAGCUAACUUGGUACAGUAUUCUUCCGUGAAAACCGUCCAGGGCACCAAAUCCUAUGAUUCGGUGCAUAUGAAUCUCUUGUGGCUCAAAGUAGAGGAGAGAUUGACUACUGGUCUUUGUGAGAGAUAUUGACGUGUUAAAAGUACCAAACUAUCUGUUCAAUCAGUUAACACACAGCUCAGACACUCAUACAUACCCCACAAGACAUGCCACCAGAGGUGUCUUCACAGUCCCCAAGCCCAGAACAGAGGCUAGCAAACGCACGGUACUAUAUAGAGCCAUGACUACAUGGAACUUUCUUCCACCUCAGGUACAGUACCUUCGGACCCCUUUACUUUUUCCACAUUUUGUUACGUUACAGCCUUAUUCUAAAAUUUAUUAAAUGAAACAAUUUCCACAGCAAUCGACACACAAUAUCCCAUAAUGACAAAGCGAAAACAGGUUUUUAGAAAUUGUUGCAAAUGUAUUAAAAACAAAAACAGAAAUACCUUAUUUACAUAAGUAUUCAGACCCUUUGCUAUGAGACUCGAAAUUGAGCUCAGGUGCAUCCUGUUUCCAUUGAUCAUCCUUGAGAUGUUUCUACAACUUGAUUGGAGUCCACCUGUGGUAAAUUCAAUUGCUUGGACAUGAUUUGGAAAGGCACACACCUGUCUAUACAGUGGGGGAAAAAAGUAUUUAGUCAGCCACCAAUUGUGCAAGUUCUCCCACUUAAAAAGAUGAGAGAGGCCUGUAAUUUUCAUCAUAGGUACACGUCAACUAUGACAGACCAAAUGAGAAUUUUUUUUCUCCAGAAAAUCACAUUGUAGGAUUUAUAAUGAAUUUAUUUGCAAAUUAUGGUGGAAAAUAAGUAUUUGGUCAAUAACAACGUUUCUCAAUACUUUGUUAUAUACCCUUUGUUGGCAAUGACACAGGUCAAAUGUUUUCUGUAAGUCUUCACAAGGUUUUCACACACUGUUGCUGGUAUUUUGGCCCAUUCCUCCAUGCAAGAUCUCUCUAGAGCAGUGAUGUUUUGGGCGCUGUCACUGGGCAACACGGACUUUCAAACUCCUCCAUUGAUAUUCUAUGGGGUUUGAGAUCUGGAGACUGGCUAGGCCACUCCAGGACCUUGAAAUGCUUCUUACGAAGCCACUCCUUCAUUGCCCGGGCGGUGUGUUUGGGAUCAUUGUCAUGCUGAAAGACCCAGCCAUGUUUCAUCUUCAAUGCCCUUGCUGAUGGAAGGAGGGUUUUCACUCAAAAUCUCACAAUACAUGGCCCCAUUCAUCUUUCCUUUACACGGAUCAGUCGUCCUGGUCCCUUUGCAGAAAAACAGCCCCAAAGCAUGAUGUUUCCACCCCAUGCUUCACAGUAGGUAUGGUGUUCUUUGGAUGCAACUCAGCAUUCCUUGUCCUCCAAACACGACGAGUUGAGUUUUUACCCAAAAGUUAUAUUUUGGUUUCAUCUGACCAUAUGACAUUCUCCCAAUCCUCUUCUGGAUCGUCCAAAUGCACUCUAGCAAACUUCAGACGGGCCUGGACAUGUACUGGCUUAAGCAGGGGGACACGUCUGGCACUGCAGGAUUUGAGUCCCUGGCGGCGUAGUGUGCUACUGAUGGUAGGCUUUGUUACUUUGGUCCCAGCUCUCUGCAGGUCAUUCACUAGGUCCCCCCGUGUGGUUCUGGGAUUUUUGCUCACCAUUCUUGUGAUCAUUUUGACCCCACGGGGUGAGAUCUUGCAUGGAGCCCCAGAUCGAGGGAGAUUAUCAGUGGUCUUGUAUGUCUUCCAUUUCCUAAUAAUUGCUCCCACAGUUGAUUUCUUCAAACCAAGCUGCUUACCUAUUGCAGAUUCAGUCUUCCCAGCCUGGUGCAGGUCUACAAUUUUGUUUCUGGUGUCCUUUGACAGCUCUUUGGUCUUGGCCAUAGUGGAGUUUGGAGUGUGACUGUUUGAGGUUGUGGACAGGUGUCUUUUAUACUGAUAACAAGUUCAAACAGGUGCCAUUAAUACAGGUAACGAGUGGAGGACAGAGGAGCCUCUUAAAGAAGAAGUUGCAGGUCUGUGAGAGCCAGAAAUCUUGCUUGUUUGUAGGUGACCAAAUACUUAUUUUCCACCAUAAUUUGCAAAUAAAUUCAUAAAAAAUCCUACAAUGUGAUUUUCUGGAUUUAUUUUUCUCAUUCUGUCUGUCAUAGUUGACGUGUACCUAUGAUGAAAAUUACAGGCCUCUCUCAUCUUUUUAAGUGGGAGAACUUGCACAAUUGGUGGCUGACUAAAUACUUUUUUUCCCUACUGUAUAAGGUCCCACAGUUGACAGUGCAUGUCAGAGCAAAAACCAAGCCAUGAGGACGAAGGAAUUGUCCGUAGACCUCCGAGACAGGAUUGUGUCGAGACACAGAUCUGGGGAAGGGUACCAAAACAUUUCUGCAACAUUGAAGGUCCCCAAGAACACAGUGGCCUCCAUCAUUCUUAAAUUGAAGAAGUUUGGAACCACCUCUUCCUAGAGCUGUCUGCCUGGCAAAACUGAGCAAUCAGGGGAGAAGGGCCUUGGUCAGGGAGGUGACCAGGAACCUGAUGGUCACUCUGACAAAGCUCUAGAGUUCCUCUGUGGAGAUGGGAGAACCUUCCAGAAGGACAACCAUCUCUGCAGCACUACACCAAUUAGGCAUUUAUGGUAGAGUGGCCAGACGGAAGCCACUCCUCAGUAAAAGGCACAUGACUGCCCGCUUGGAGUUUGCCAAAAGGCACCUAAUGAUUCUCAGACCAUUUGAAACAAUAUUCUCUGGUCUGAUGAAACCAAGAUAGAACUCUUUGGCCUGAAUGCCAAUCGUCACAUCUGGAGGAAACCUGGCACCUUCCCUACAGUGAAGCUUGGUGGUGGCAGCAUUAUGCUGUGAGGAUGUUUUUCAGCGGCAGGGACAGGGAGAUUAGUCAGGAUCAAGGCAAAGAUGAAGGGAGCUAAGUACAGAGAGAUCCUUGAUGAAAACCUGCUCCAGGCACUCAGGACCUCAGAAUGGGGCGAAGGUUCACCUUCCAACAGGACAACGACCCUAAGCACACAGCCAAGACAACGCAGGAGUGGCUUCGGGACAAUUCUCUGAAUGUCCUUGAGUGGCCCAGCCAGAGCCCAGACUUUAACCCUAUCAAACAUCUCUGGAGAGACCUGAAAAUAGUUGUGCAGCAACGCUCCCCAUCCAACCUGACAGAGCUUGAGAGGAUCUGCAGAGAAGAAUGGGAGAAACUCCCCAAAUACAGGUGUGCCAAGUUUGUAGCGUCAUACCCAAGAAGACUUGAGGCUGUAAUCGCUGCCAAAGGUUGUUCAACAAAGUACUGAGUAAAGGGUCAAUAUGUAAAUAUUAUAUUUCAGUUAGCAAAAAAUUCUAAAAAUCAAUUUUAGCUUUGUCAUUAUGGGGUAUUGUGUGUAGAUUGAUGAGGGGGAAAAACGAUUUAAUCAAUUUUAGUAUAAGGCUGUAAGGGGUCUGAAUACUUUCCGAAGGCACUGUAACUCAAGCUAGCAGUAAAAUCAGAUUUAAAAAACAGAUGAAACACCUCCCGGCACAACACGGACUGUGAAGAGACAGAAAUUCACACACACCCACACACUAUUCUUUGUAAUGUAAUGUAGUAUUGUAAUAUUGUAAUGUAAUAAUGGAGCAUUGUAAAUUUAUAUUAUGCAUAAUGUUUUGAAUGAUGUUAUGUUUUAUCUCUUUUUGGACCCCAGGAAGAGUAGCUGCUGCCUUGGCAACAGCUAACGGGGAUCCUAAUAAAAUACUAAAUAUUACAUCUACAGCUAACACUGCACUUACACCCCCACAUUAUAGUGGUAUGACCUAGUCAAUCAUUAUGGAUGUGUGACAACUCUUUAUGGAGUCAAUACAAUGGAAAAUGCGUAAAAGGGACAAUUUACUUCAAACAUAAAAUUGACAUUUAUUUUUAACAAGUGAUCAUCUUUCCCUUUCAGGACGUCACCCCAUACAUGAACCCGUGCCCCUACACAGUGUCCCCAAACACGCAUGUGUCCCAAGUUUUUAACCUGUUCAGGACCAUGGGCCUCCGACACCUGCCUGUGGUCAACGCUGUAGGAGAGGUGAGUGUUACUGCAAAUGGUAAUUAAGACCCAUUCCUCUAAGACCCAUUCCUCAACUUGCUGUUUCCUCUCUGUGGACAGGGUUGUAUUCAUCAGUGAACACUGUAGCCAAACGUUUUGCAAUGGAAAAGAGAAAGGAGUGUUUCUUGUUGGACAAGUUCAAUUAGUCCCUCCUUGUUUAAGUCUGUUUCCUUCUGUUUGGUGCCUAAUGAAUACAACCCAUCAUAAAGACAAGACACACCAUAAACUAAUUUCAAGUAUGUGACGCAGUAUGUAUUAAAUGUCUAUAUUGUUCAAAUCUAAACCGGUAUGAAUUAUCAACAUUCUCUCAGACAUAAAUGCAGAUUCAAGUGACUAAAGCCACUUAUUUGGUCUGUGAAAAUGUGCUCUAAAUUUGCUUUUGCAUAGACGCACUAAGCAGAGAAAUUGCUUUCUUAAUGAACUACUGUAGCUAAUUAAUUAUUUUUGAGAGUCUGUCUAGAGUAGAGGAAGCAAUUUGCUCCAUGAUGUCGCUUUCUGAACCUUCUCUUUCAGAUUGUGGGAAUAAUCACACGACACAAUUUAACCCACAAGUUCCUUUUGGUGAAACUCAGACAGCACUACAUCACCAUUUGAGCUCCAGAAUCCAGUCUUUAAAGCCGACAAGAGCCGCCCACGUCUUGCUGUCCUUGAGACACAAUCCUCCCUUCAACUGGACCUGUACCAUGCUUUUCCAUGUCUUAUCCAUUACACACACACAACCGCAUGGCAUCCAUUCUCUGUAUGAGACAAUAGGCACACACCCCUUGUAAUGAAAGCUGGUGACUUUCGUCUGCUGAGGAGCCUUCCUUCACCCCAAGACAUACCCCGUGUCCCAACAAGUUUCCAUGCUUUAUCAACCGACCGACGAUUUAGCAUCUUUAUCACUGUAGCACUUUUGUUUAGAUUUCUGACUGUAUGUUUUAAUUUUGUUAUGUUUACUGUAUAUUUAAAUGUACUAUUCUAUAUAUUUGCACUAAAACCAUUUCACUGUCCCGCCAGGGCUUCGAUCAAAGUAGGCUUAUCAAGAGAUCAAGAUGUCACAUUAGGGACCAUUUCUAAUCAAGGGAUAUGUUUGGAGCUACAUUAACACAAAAAUACAUAAUUGCACUUGUGUAUAUAAAGCUUAACAGCAGACAGUUAUUCUCACAAAUAUUCAGGCAACAAGGUUAUGAGAGUGUUUGAGAGGACUGAGGAAGAUGGUGUAUGUCAAGACUGGAUGGAAUUGACCAAGGUUUAUUCAUUUAAUUUGUGUUAUUUUGACUAAAUAUGCUGGGCCAAGGAAGGCUCAGCAUAUUUUCUAGACAGAAGGGUGGAUGUUUGUUUGUCAGUAUUAAUCCUUAAGAGUCUAUUGGCGCACCCGUGCGCUAAUCUAAGUAACAUAACAAAAUAAUCCCCAUCAAAAUCUGUCAGGUUAAGCUAGAGAUAUCAGGUUUUUUGCAUGGGCUGCGUAACAAUCCACCACAUCAGCCUAUGUCGGGCGUUCCGCAUCUGGUCGAAGGUGGCCGAGCUACAGCUGUGUUUGUCAGACCAUGAGACAUCCUGAAAAUUGGUAUUCUCAUGAAAACGUCUAUAGCGUCGGAAUGGUUUGGCCAACAAACUCUCACGAACACAAUGGUGUUCUCCGUUUUGCUCUACGACCCAACCACAAGUGUCACAGGAAUCGUCUGAAGGUAACUCAUACAAAUGAAUGGAAGUAUGGAGGUAGUUUUGUGCCAACAAAAAUAUUUUCGGAGCUUUCUUAUAUCCUAGAUAUAGGACAGACACUUCAAAACCGUAUUUAUUUUUUACUGUAUUUUUUGCCAUUUAUGAACGUGUUAUUCAAUGAGUUUCUAUGGGCUAUAGUAGUAAAGGCCAAAUUCAAUAUUAUAUGAAAAUAAAUAAAAAAUAUUUAAAAACAAUUAUACCUAAAGGGGUCCUAAAAUUCCAAAUGAAAUAGCUAAAUGAUCCAUGGUAUGACCAUCUUAAUACAAUUCCAUAUGUUAGCUUUGCUUUUCUAAAUAGUGUGGAUAGAUGUAAAGAUAAUAAAUUAUGACAAACCAUGAUGGCACAUAUUUAUACACUAAGUAUUCCUUGUUUUAUUUAUGUUAUAUUUUUUGCUAAAUGUUUUAUUUAAGGAAUGAACAUUGUACUAUGAAUGGAUCAAAUGAAAUGGCAUUACAUUUGGUCUAUAACAAGAUGGAUCGAUUUUACUUUGGGAAUAAACGUUAUUAUUCUUUGUAUCAUCGCCAUAGCUUGGGUUUCAAAAUGUAAGGGUCAUUUUUCCAAAAUUCCCUGGUUUUCCAGAAAUCAUAGUUGGAGGAUUCCCGGAUUUCCUGUUUAUUCCCGCGUAAUUCCAAGAAUCUUCCAACCAGGAUUUCUGAAAAACAGAGAAUUUUGGGUAAGUUACUGGAAUUUUGCAACCCUAGCCAUAGCCCACUUGUUAUUUUAAAUCAAUGUUUUUAUCAGAGGAGGCUGGUGGGAGGAGCUAUAGGAGGAUGGGCUCAUUGUAAUGGCUGGAAUGGAAUUAAUGGAACAGAGUCAACGUGGUUUCCAUAUAUUUAAUGUGUUGGAUACCAUUCUUAUUUAUUCCAUUCCAGUCUUUACAAUGAGCCCGUCCUCCUAUCGCUCCUCCCACCAGCCUCCUCUGGUUUUUAUAUAUCAUGCUACUUUAUAUCCACACUAAAUGUUGUCUCUGCAGAUGACAUGCCAUCAGAUGAGAUUGUAUGACAAAUGGUAAAUGCACUACGCUUAGCUAGUGUCGGGACCAGAGGGACUGUAUAUUUGCCAAAUAACAUUAUGGACACACCUGUUUUUAGUACAUCUGCUGUGGAGGUUUAGGCAUUGCUCUGAGCUUGUUGAGAAGUUUGUGAAAGCUUGACAAAUGUAGGAAAGCAAGCCCAAGGCAAACACCAUAGGUCCCUUGGAAAGAUAAAGCAGAGACCUCUGUUUUGUGCCUUGACAUUACUCUUCAAAAUAAAGGUCCCUUUGUUUUGUAAAUCAUUCAAAUGUAUCCAUCUUAUUUUUGUAUAAUUAUCACUGUUGAAAAUGUUUUAGAAGAUAUAUUACAAAAGUGUUGUGUUAUGUUCAAUGAUAGCAUAUUAUAUAUACAAUGCUCAAAAAAAUAAAGGGAACACUAAAAUAACGCAUCCUAGAUCUGAAUGAAUGAUAUAAUCUUAUUAAAUACUUUUUUCUUUACAUAGUUGAAUGUGCUGACAACAAAAUCACACAAAAAUUAACAAUGGAAAUCAAAUUUAUCAACCCAUGGAGGUCUGGAUUUGGAGUCACACUCAAAAUUAAAGUGGAAAACCACACUACAGGCUGAUCCAACUUUGAUGUAAUGUCCUUACAACAAGUCAAAAUGAGGCUCAGUAGUGUGUGUGGCCUCCACGUGCCUGUAUGACCUCCCUACAACGCCUGGGCAUGCUCCUGAUGAGGUGGCGGAUGGUCUCCUGAGGGAUCUCCUCCCAGACCUGGACUAAAGCAUCCGCAAACUCCUGGACAGUCUGUGGUGCAACGUGGCGUUGGUGGAUGGAGCGAGACAUGAUGUCCCAGAUGUGCUCAAUUGGAUUCAGGUCUGGGGAACGGGCGGGCCAGUCCAUAGCAUCAAUGCCUUCCUCUUGCAGGAACUGCUGACACACUCCAGCCACAUGAGGUCUAGCAUUGUCUUGCAUUAGGAGGAACCCAGGGCCAACCGCACCAGCAUAGGGGGUCUGAAGAUCUCAUCUCAGUACCUAAUGGCAGUCAGGCUACCUCUGGCGAGCACAUGGAGGGCUGUGCGGCCCCCCAAAGAAAUGCCACCCCACACCAUGACUGACCCACCGCCAAACCAGUCAUGCUGGAGGAUGUUGCAGGCAGCAGAACGUUCUCCACGGCGUCUCCAGACUCUGUCACGUCUGUCACAUGUGCUCAGUGUGAACCUGCUUUCAUCUGUGAAGAGCACAGGGCGCCAGUGGCGAAUUUGCCAAUCUUGGUGUUCUCUGGCAAAUGCCAAACGUCCUGCACGGUGUUGGGCUGUAAGCACAACCCCCACCUGUGGACGUCGGGCACUCAUACCACCCUCAUGGAGUCUGUUUCUGACCGUUUGAGCAGACACAUGCACAUUUGUGGCCUGCUGGAGGUCAUUUUGCAGGGCUCUGGCAGUGCUCCUCCUGCUCCUCCUUGCACAAAGGCGGAGGUAGCGGUCCUGCUGCUGGGUUGUUGCCCUCCUACGGCCUCCUCCACGUCUCCUGAUGUACUGGCCUGUCUCCUGGUAGCGCCUCCAUGCUCUGGACACUACGCUGACAGACACAGCAAACCUUCUUGCCACAGCUCGCAUUGAUGUGCCAUCCUGGAUGAGCUGCACUACCUGAGCCACUUGUGUGGGUUGUAGACUCCGUCUCAUGCUACCACUAGAGUGAAAGCACCGCCAGCAUUCUAAAGUGACCAAAACAUCAGCCAGGAAGCAUAGGAACUGAGAAGUGGUCUGUGGUCACCACCUGCAGAACCACUCCUUUAUUGGGGGUGUCUUGCUAAUUGCCUAUAAUAUCCACCUGUUGUCUAUUCCAUUUGCACAACAGAAUGUGAAAUGUAUUGUCAAUCAGUGUUGCUUCCUAAGUGGACAGUUUGAUUUCACAGAAGUGUGAUUGACUUGGAGUUACAUUGUGUUGUUUAAGUGUUCCCUUUAUUUCUUUGAGCAGUGUAUAUAUAGAUAUAUUGUCAUAGUGCACAACUUCACCUUUCCAAUGCUUGAGUUGUCCAGACUUACUCAAGACUCCCUGUUGCCUGGUAAUAAAAUGAGGACAUGCAUGGUCAGGCUGGCUGUGUAAGGUGUUCUGAUGUGCCGGAUACAGAGGGAUUGCACGAGGUCCUGGUCCCAGUUUUCCACAUUUGACUGGCUCUGGGAACCUAGCCCACACUUAUAAACUACCAAUUACCAAUCAGACAAAUCUUCCGCCACAGUGGAAAAAUCUUCCCAGGGUUGUUAUUCCAUGGGCUGUCGCACCUGUUCUUAUCACUGGGAUAACAGUCACUGACAAGCCCAGGAGUCUAACCAGAGUUCCACAAGGGUCAGUUGCAGUGCCACUUAAGGUUUACAAGUGAUCCUGACACUGUUAAGGAGAAAAGUCGCCAGAUACAUCAUUUGUGUUUGAUUAGUUCCUGCACGGAACAGCUGCUCCUCCUGAAAAUGUAGCACCUUCUCUCAAUGGGUCGUUGCCAUCUGUGGUGAUCCUUCACUGAAGCAGACUACCGGAGUCUAAUUCAUAAAGAGUAACCCAACUUGACAUGAGUGUGAGACUGGAGUGACAGGGCUUCGCUUUAGCGUAACCAACACUGGCGUCCCAUUCACGCUGCCUGUCAGAAUACAUUCCCACCAGACACACUCCACAUUGUGUGUAGAAUUGUUGAAUUAGUUAUGAAUGAAUCACAUAUUUUAUCUCAGGUUGAGGUUAUUUUUGACUUCAUGUAUCAAAGUGGCUGUUAUACAGAUUUUUUAUAUUUUCUGGUGUUGUCCAAUGCCGUAGCCCCCUCAGUUCAUUAUCUAACGAUCGUUCUAGGCUAUAGGAAGACCCCUAUGUCACCAAAGGUAGUUUUUUUAGGAUAUCAAAGAGUUAUGUUUACCUCUCUGAGGAGCUUAUGGCUAGUUCCUGCCAUUUUUGCUGCAGAGGUACUUCAAAAAAUAUUGAGUUAUAAUAACAUUUCACAUUCACAGUAAACAUCAUGGCAAGAUUCAGCCCUUCAGACAACCAGCACCAUGCUUAUACACUAGACUAGAGUAGUCCUACAAUGCCAUGCCCUUGUUCCUUGUUGUGAUGAUGUCCAGGCAACAUGAACAGCAGACAUCCACUUUAGAGAGCAAAGAGAUUUCCUGCUUUACAGAAUGUGUUGUACAUUGACAAGCCCUGAGUCCUCCCCCUUUCCCUUGGAAGAUCCAUUGCAGAACGAAUCUAAUAGUGGGUUGAGUCAUUUUCUGUUUUUUCUUGGUAGUCUGAGCAUUGUGUCCUCUUGCUGCUGUCAUGUCGAAGUGGAGGGAUAGAGUGAGCAGUACUGUUGUCACUAGGCACAAGACACCCUACUUGUGAACACAAAUUAUAAAAAUCAUGCCGACCCCAACCAAACUGAGCUGGACCAGGCCGUCUCAGUAGAGCUUUGUUUGGUGUAGCUCAGUUUGGCUCAGUGUUUCAAAACCCUUGUUGUGGUAGGCAUUCACCAUAUUGCUUUCCUUUAAUCUGUGGCUUAAGGCCAGCAAAGAUAUGAGAGCAGCCAUGGGCUCAUUGAGAUGCACCUCAUCUCUGAAGGCACUGCAGACUCCUUGGAGGAGUGUUAGGAUGUUAUUAGCUCACUUCACCACUGCCCAGAAAGGUGUUUUUAGGAUGUGUAAUGAUGGCCAUUUGCAGUCUAUGGGGAAGAAGAGCUAGGUGAUAUACUCUGGAAGUGUGGAGGCAGCCACACUACCGGGCUACUAGUUUUAAGGGUUUCGAAGUCUGGAGACUUGAGAGAUUUUGGAGCAAAGUUAAUUAAGUACAGAUGGUGGCCUUCAAUAGUUCAUAUACAGAACAAAAAUCUAAACGCAAAAAUUUAAACGAUUUUACUGAGUUACAGUUCAUAUCAGGAAAUCAGUCAAUUAAAAUCAAUUCCUUAGGCCCUAAUCUAUGGAUUUCACAUGACUGAACAGGGGCGAAAACAAGCACACAUCUAAAUCGCUGUGAAAUAUAUUUUAAAUAAGAUAAAAUAUCAUCAUCUGCUGGUGGACCAAAACUGUUGUUUGAAGCUAGUGGACUACCAGCUUAAAACGGCUGUAAAAACGAUAUUUGUUGUUUAUUGAAAAUAUAUUUCACAGCGAUUUAGAUGGUACAAUGAUUCCCUACACUAUUCAGUGCUUGUUUUCUCACAUAAACUGAAAUUGAGCGAACAGUGUAGAAGUUUAGCAACCAGGAAAUGAUAGAGCGAUUUCCACAAGAUAACCCAGCCACAAAGUCAGAACAGCUUUCCCAUUUUGACAACAGAUGCCGGUCUGACGGGAGAAAUCAAUAGGUAUUAUCACAGCCAAUCACAACACUGCCGGGUAAAUAAUACUGUGAAACACUAUCAUUCCACUAUUAGCACUCGAUAUAUUAUGGACAUUUUCUGAAAUUGCAAUGCAAAAAUUCAAAAGAAUCCUAUGUGUAGCACCUUUAAUACAAUUUAAGAACGUAGACAAAUGUUGUCAAUAUACUUCCUGUAAAUUAUUCUCUGGACAUAUAUGAUAUAGAUCAGAGGUCUUCAAUAGGCGGCCUGCGGGCGAUUUGAUUUGGCCCUCCAAGUUUUUUAAAAGUUUCUUUUAAUUUUCAUUGUUGGACAAAAAAGACUGUAAUCACCAGGAAAUCAGCACAAAGUGAUUUAAGUAUUCCCACGCAUAAAUACAGAGACAUAUGUUAUCGUAUCUGAAUGUAAUCAAGGUUUGAAAUUAUGUUUUUGUCAAAUACUAUAUCUGUUUGAGCUUCUUGCUGUAAAUGUUCAGUGUACAAAUUAUUUAUAAUUAUGUCCUGGCCCCCAACCAUCUGCCCAAGAAAAAAUCAGCCCAUGGCUGAAUGUAAACGCAACAUGCAACAAUUUUAAAGAUUUUACUGAGUUACAGUUCAUAUAAGGAAAUCAGUCAAUUGAAAUACAUUCCUUAGGCCCUAAUCUAUGGAUUUCACAUGACUGGGCAGGGGCGCUGCCAUUGGUGGGCAUGGGAGAGCAUAGGCCCACCCACUUGGCAGCCAGGCCCACCCACUGGGGAGCCAGGCCCAGCCAAUCAGAAUUAGUUUUUCCCCUCAAAAGGGCUUUAUUACAGACAUAAAUACUCCUCAAUUUCAUCAGCUGUCUGGGUGGCUGGUCUCAGACGAUCCUGCAGGUGAAGAAGCCGGAUGUGGAUGUCCUGUGCUGGCGUGGUUACACGUGGUCUGCGGUUAUUAGGCCGGUUGUACGUACUGCCAAAUUCUCUAAAACGAAGUUGGAGGCGGCUUAUGGUAGAGAAAUUAACAUUCAAUUAUCUGACAACAGCUCUGGUGGACAUUCCUGCAGUCAGCAUGCCAGUUGCACGCUCCCUCAACUUGAGACAUCUGUGGCAUUGUGUUGUGUGACAAAACUGCCCAUUUUAGAGUGGCCUUUUAUUGUCCCCAGAGCAAGGUGCACCUGUGUAAUGAUCAUGCUGUUUAAUCUACUUAUUGAUAUGCCACACCUGUCAGGUGGAUGGAUUCUUGUGGCAAAGUAGAAAUGCUCGCUAACAGGGAUGUAAACAAAUUUGUACACAAAAUUGGAGCGAAAUAAGCUUUUUGUGCGUAUGGAACAUUUCUGGGAUAUUUUAUUUCAGCUCAUGAAACAUGGGACCAACACUUUACAUGUUGCGUUUAUAUUUUUGUUCAGUAUAGUUUGGGACCACUGAUAUAGAUGAUAGUUGAUGCUAAAAUCUUGAGUCCACAAAUGUUUUCUAUUCUACUUGCUAUAACAAUAGCAUGUGUCAUAAUAGUAUCACAAGAGUGGUUCACGACUUAAAAAGAGUUACAUUGACUUCAACUGUUAAGUUGUAUCAACAUUUAUCUUAUAAUGCAACUAAGUUGACAUAACUUAAGGGGGUAACUCUUCUUUUGAAGUUAAAACAAGUACAUAUGUUUUUCUGUGUACUGAAUAUACAUCAACUGACUGUACUAGCUACCUCUUUUAGGACUGCAGCCUAGGCAGCUCGGUGUCCCGAUGCAGUCCAUCCUGACUCCAAAGCACCCGGACACAGCUUUACUCCUGGUGGCCAUGAGCAGGUCCUGCAGUCGGCUUCUCUAACUCCAGGCCCUGCUGUAGCUCUCUUCUGCAGCUGGCUCCCGGACGUCUGAGAGCAGAUGCCUCUCUGGGUCCUCUGGGGCCACAUCCCACCAUGGGCUAGCCUGACUGUGUUCGGGCUCUGGGUUGGGGCCCUCGUAGUCCACUGCAGGAUCCUCUGCUAUGGCCACCGCAGCCAAGGUCUCCUAAAAUCGCUCCAG